AGUCUUCGCUGGAUACAGAAAGCGUAAACCGGUUACACUUUGGGUUCAACUCUAUUCAAUUCAAACGGGUCAGGCAACACGCUAAGUCCAAUCCACUACACAUUUAUUUUCCUUUCAUUUCUUUCUCACUCUAUAUAUAGUAACGUUAACAUUCUCACUGCCGAAACACACACACUUUCCGCUCCUAAUUGAAUCUACACACACCAACAAUGUCUUCUUCUAAACCAGUACCCCUUUUGAAAGAUGAACUUGAUAUCGUUAUCCCUACCAUUCGUAACCUUGAUUUCUUAGAGAUGUGGAGACCCUUUUUUGAACAAUAUCAUUUAAUUAUUGUUCAAGAUGGUGACCCUUCUAAGGUUAUUAAGGUUCCUCAAGGUUUUGAUUAUGAACUUUAUAAUAGAAAUGAUAUUAAUAGGAUCUUGGGUCCUAAAGCUUCUUGUAUCUCCUUUAAGGAUUCUGCUUGUCGUUGCUUUGGUUACAUGGUUUCUAAGAAGAAGUAUAUUUACACCAUUGAUGAUGAUUGCUUUGUUGCAAAAGACCCAUCUGGCCAUGAGAUCAAUGCACUUGAGCAGCACAUUAAGAAUCUCCUUAAUCCAUCCACACCAUUUUUCUUCAACACCCUUUAUGAUCCUUAUAGAGAAGGUGCUGAUUUCGUCCGUGGAUACCCUUUCAGUCUUCGUGAGGGUGCCCCUACUGCUGUUUCUCACGGCCUUUGGCUCAACAUACCCGAUUAUGAUGCUCCGACACAGCUUGUCAAGCCUCAUGAGAGGAACACUAGGUAUGUUGAUGCUGUUAUGACCAUUCCGAAAGGAACACUGUUCCCCAUGUGCGGUAUGAAUCUGGCGUUCAACCGUGAACUGAUUGGACCUGCGAUGUACUUUGGACUCAUGGGUGACGGUCAGCCUAUUGGACGUUACGAUGAUAUGUGGGCUGGCUGGUGCAUAAAGGUUAUCUGUGACCAUUUGGGAUUUGGAGUGAAAACAGGACUUCCAUACAUAUGGCACAGCAAAGCAAGCAACCCUUUUGUGAAUCUGAAAAAGGAAUACAAAGGUAUCUUCUGGCAAGAAGAGAUCAUUCCAUUUUUCCAAGCUGCAACCCUUUCAAAAGAUUGCACCUCUGUUCAGAAAUGCUACAUUGAACUCUCCAAGCAAGUCAAGGAGAAACUCGGCACCAUCGAUCCUUAUUUCGUCAAACUAGCUGAUGCCAUGGUUACUUGGAUUGAAGCUUGGGAUGAGAUUAACAACUCUUCUGAAGAUACUUCUUCAAACAAAGUUUCUGAGGCUGCAAAGUGAGAAACAACUUCUUGUAGUUGUGAUGAGGAGAUAGUAGUUUUCAAUCACUUUUCGUUUUAUCAUCAUUGUCUUCUUAUUUGUUAGCAUUAUUGUUAUUAUUCUUGGUGAUUUUGCUAGAUUCCAGAACAAUUUUAUUGAUAUUCGUGUCGUUAUUAAUAUUUAAAUUAUUUUUAUUACAAGA